AGCUCUAUGGUCUGAGACAAUAAAAACUCUGUGGCCAAUUGAUCAAGGAUCAAAAUAUGAACCAUAUUUUUUUAUUUCUGAAAGUGAAAGGAGGAAAUACUUGAAUACAAACCCGUUUUAAAAGCAGUUUCAAUAUGUUGUCCAAAAAUUAUUUGAUGUUGAAUACUCAGAGACUUCAGAAUUUUAUCUAUCCCUUCUCAUCAGUUCAAAUUCAACAAAAUAAGAUGUAUAGUAAAGUACAUUUUUUAAAUAAGCUUAAUUUACCAAGUCUUCCAGUUCCUAAACUGCAACAAACAUUGUCAAAAUAUUUGAAAUCUGUAGAGCCUUUUCUUAAUGAACAUGAAUUAUUGAAAACUAAAAAUGUUCUCAAGAAUUUUGAAGAAAAUGAAGCUCCUAAUUUACAAGGUUAUCUAGAGAAUAAAGCCCAAAAUUGUGAAAAUUGGCUCAGUGAUUGGUGGGAUAACACAGCUUAUUUGGAAUACAGAGAUCCUGUGACUGUCUUUUCGAGCCCUGGUUUGGUUUGCCCCUUACAACAGUUCUCAAAUGAAACAGAGAGACUCUCCUAUGCUGCUAAAAUGAUUUUGGGAGCAAUAAAUUAUAAACUUCUUAUUGAUAGGGAUCUUAUUCCUUUAGACAAAAUGGGCAAAGACUUGUUAGAUAUGAAUCAAUAUAAAAAAAUUUAUGGUACUUGCAGAAUUCCAAAACCUAAAAGAGAUGAGAUGCAAUUUAAUUCAGAUGCCAAACAUAUCAUCGUAGUGAGAAAUAAUAAUUUUUUCAAAAUGGAAAUUAUUACUCCAGAAAAUGAAGUUCCUAGUUUUAAUCAAGUUCUUAGUCAAUUAUUCUAUAUUACAAAAAGUUCUGAAGUAGUAGCUGCACCUGUAGGAGUACUGACUUCUGAUAAUAGAGAUAACUGGUCAAAAGCCUAUGGAAUUCUUUCAGAAGACAAAAUGAAUAGAGCGAGCUUAGACGCUAUUGAGUCUUCCUUAUUCAUAUUAUGUUUGGAUAAUCCUCUUCCAAAAUGGAAUGACGAGGUAUUAACAUUGGCUGCUAAACAAUGUAUCCAUGGUGGUGGUAUUGACGGAAAUUCUGCUAAUAGAUGGUUUGACAAAACGUUACAGUUUAUUGUUGGUACAGAUGGCAUUGUGGGUCUCACUUAUGAGCAUUCCCCCAGUGAAGGUCAGCCAGUGGCAGUCCUAACCGAUCAUGUGGUCAAUUAUAUUGAGGGUAAUGCUUGGAAGAGCCUUCCCGAUGUGAAAACAGAAAGAUAUCCUGAACCUUUAGUUUUCAAUAUUACCAAAGAAUUGGAUGAUGCUUUCAAUAAGGCAGCUACAAAUGUUAAUAAAUUGGCAAAUAACUUGGAACUGAAUGUAUUCAAUUUCACCAACUUUGGUAAAGAAUUUGUGAAAUCACAAAAAUUGAGUCCAGAUAGCUUCAUUCAAAUUGCUAUUCAGUUUGCAUUCUAUAGGCUUCAUAAAGUUCCUGGUGCACAUUACGAGUCAGCUGCUACUAGGAAAUAUAUCCAUGGCAGAACAGAAACUAUUCGGUCCUGUUCAAAUGAAUCUAUUGCUUUUGCUCGAGAGAUGUUGGAUAAUACUUCUUCAGAAGCCAAAAAAAUUACAGCUCUCAAAACAGCAAUUUCGGCUCACAAGAAUUAUACCAUUGAUGCAAUAAAUGGUUUCGGAGUUGACCGACACCUCUUAGGUCUUAAAUUAGCAGCUAAGGAACUGGGCAGAGAAUUACCGGAACUUUACAAGGAUGUAGCUUUCUCUAGAAGCUCUCAGAUGAGGCUUUCUACUAGCCAAGUAGCUACGAAAUGCAAAGGUGUUAUGGCUUACGGGCCAUUGGUACAUAACGGAUAUGGGUGUUGCUACAAUCCUCGUCCAGAAGAUAUAUUGUUUGCAGUUUCUUGUUUCGUCAAUAAUGAGGAAACUAACGCAACAAAAUUCAGAAGCGCCUUGGAAAAGAGUCUAUUGGAUAUGCAUAAUUUACUUGCCAGAAAUCAAAAACAUAAGUUAUAGAAAGGUAAAAUGGAGGAAAACUGUUUGCUGGGGGUGAAACUACACAGAGCAUAUUUGUGUAUUUCAUAAUUUAUUGGAGAAGAGAUAAAAAAAUGUUUACUAUAGGCUAUUCAACAAUUUUUUUGAGAAAUAUUUACACCAAUUGAAAACAUCCACUUUUUAUAUUCUCAAAUUCAAAAAUUUGUCGAAAAGCUUAUUGAAAAUUAAUGUUAUACGCAAUAAUAUUUAUAUAAGACUAUAAGAUAUAAUGUUAAGAUAUCAAAUGUAAAGACUUUAUUAAUGUAUAUUCUUCAGCAAUGAUAAUUGUUUUCCUUGUAAGAAAUGGUGGAAGGAAGUGUUAUAAAAUUAUAACUGAAGAAUUUUUUUACUCUAAUGGGAUUUUAUAUGAAUAUAUUUUAUAAUACAAAAAUUACAAAUAAAAGAUGGUGUUUAGAUUCCUUUUAUGUGUUCUGUGGUAGAGUCACCACGCUUCUCUUUGGAGGGAAGGUGUAUAUGGCAGGGCUCACUGAGUUGUCAUACUGAUGAUUCCAUCAGUGUCCCUGAAUAAAACAGCAUAAUCCUCUGAGAGGGGGCGCCCCAUGAAAAUUAGUUAAGAACUCCUUGCCAAAUCAUCAAAGAGAUUCACAUGUCCGUGUUUAUUGUGAAUUGAAAUAUG